AUGUCUGCAUAUCGAUUACUGAUGCAGUUUAUCAAGCAAAUUCAUAAAUGUGAGUCAGCCAAGUUUGAAGUGGCGAAGAAUUUUAAAAAGAUCACAGCAAUUUGAACAUGCGUUACAAACAAACUCGAACCCACGAGCAAUAGUAAAAAUCCAUUGGCGGUGACCAGGCAAAGGAACCUUGUCUUCACUUAAAAUUGUCGUGUCUGAUGACUCAGGCUGGAAUCCAAUAUUAACCUAGCGAAUUUUCAAAGCCCCACAGACCGUAAAAAUAAAAUAGAACAUUUAACCUGUCGGUCGCGUUAAAUCGCAUGUCCUAAAAUGCACCUAACAGUAGCAAGGUAUGAACAGCGAGAAAAAUUGGUGUUCUAAGGGAGUGGUUGAGUUGGUCCUUCGGGGAGGACAUUUUGCUCCGCCAGAUGUUUUGGAUUUAAGUCGCAUCCAUUACUUAGAGCCGCCAAAGCUUACUGCAUUUUAGAUAUCCCCUCAGAUGCUGAAACCGCUGAAGAGUCUACUAAGUCAAUUGUCUCUUCCGGCUUCGGGAAUUCACAGAUUGCGUUUUCUACUGGACAAAUACCAGAGUACGUUAAUUUAGCGCAUUCGUCUUUUUGGCUAUUUUGUUAAGUUGCAUUUUUGACCUACCUCAUCGAAGUGCGCAGGUGCUUAAAUGGUGAUAUUACAAUAGACAGAAGUAAAGACAAGAUCCAGUCUAGUGUGAAAAUGAAGGUUGAAUAUGAAAGCUUGCUGCACAAUCGGGUUUCUUGGGAAUUGCUGGGAAAUUUGUGGGAAAAUGAUGCUCCAGAAGAGUCUCAGUUUUUGAAUUACUAAUGUCUUUAAUGAAGAAGGAAUUAAUCGUAUAAAUUUAACCGAAUUUUUUAAAGAUUUAGUUCACUUUCUCAAAAGCUGAGUUCGCUCAACCAUUUGGUUUUCAAGAGCUCAGGUGCUUAGAAAGAAUAUCAAACUCGAAAGAACAGAAGAUCAUUCUUCCGAUGGUCAGAAUACGGAGGAAAGCAAACGGAAUUUUCUAUAUCAGCAGAAAAAUGUUAGCCAAAAUUCUAUUUCGACUUGCGAUUUUACUGGUGGAUAGAACUGAAGUGACUGAUGGAAUCAUCGUUGAAUUUGCUUUUUAUCUCCAGGGGCUCCCGAAAUUGUAGAGACCGACGAUGCUGUGGACGGCACACAUUCGAUUCGAUAGAACUCUCAGAAAUAAGAAUCUCACCAAACACGCUCGUACAAGUACAGCAAGACAAGAGUUUAAAACGUAUGAGGGCAGCCUGAAUCAGAAAGAGGGAAUACAUUAAUACCAAAGGAAAUAGCGUUACGUAUACAACCGAUUCGUCUGUAUUGGAAGGUGUUUUUGACAUGUCCAUUAGACUAUCGGUGGCGAGCAAGCGUUGGGAGCAUCCGCAGGGGGUGAGGGUCAUAAAUAUAUGCCGACGGUAGAAAGAAUGCCAACGACAAGCGAGAGGGGGAGAGAGGUCAGCAGUUGGAGGGAAAGGGACGCUGGCUAUCUUCGGCGACACGCAGUCACACCAACCUCAUCCUGGUUCCCCGUGGAGGUGUCUUCAGUCCACUUAAACAACUCAGUCAGAUUCGUAGUGCGUUAAAAAAUUAACAUGUAACUAACCUCAUCAGUUUCAGCCCACUACUUCAUUAAAAAACAGUGAACUAUGGAGACAGCUUAUCCAUGCCAAGGAAUGCUUUGGUUGUCGAUUUUAGGAUACUUGGCGAUACUAUGCCGGAUAGGAAAGAACCGAGUCUGGCUAAGAUGUUAUCUCAACAGGCAAACUUGCAUACGAUUUUGGGCUUUGGUAUGCGGGAGUUAAUAAGGAAUGAAAUAAAAUUCCCUCUUGUACUCACAGGGGACGGAAAUUCUGGCGUCAUUUAGCGUAUCUGGUGCAACCAGGGACAGAAUGAAGGGAAGUUUUUUUUGAAUGUCUGUGACCAAGCCUGACUUCAGCUCUUACAGUAAGUGACCUAACUCGUGCCCGGCAUGUCAACGUGUGACCUUGUAGAAACUUUUAUUCCUCUGACGUCUUCAUCAGAGACAUCAAGCGGAAUCCUCUGAGCUUUAAGCAACGGUAUCUUUAGUAAUACGAAAAGAGGGAAGUUACGUCGAUUUCGGCAACAAGAUAUUGAAGCACAUGACCGGACAUCGCACGCAUGAAUUCGUAUCAGACUACAUGCAACACUAAUUUUUAGAGGAUAUUUAAUGAAAACUUAAACGUAAAAUAAUUUUUUAAUGUCACGGUGUCUUUUUCAUUCUGUUCAGUCAAUUACUUGCAUGGGUAUGCAUUGCAUACUUAUAAAAUUAGGGGUGCACAAAUCAUGAUUUUCCCGCACGUGGUUCAUCAACAAACCCUAUGAUCGCCGCAUUCUAUUCGACACCAAGGUCCUGUCUUGACAGAAUUACUAGUCACGCUAGAACAUUAUAGGCAAACAAUCACUUUCUACACAAUUUACAAAACUGCAGACGAAGUCGCGGAGAUUAAACACGAGAACGUGGGCAGUCGAAAGGCUGAUGCAACAAAUGUUAACAGCCGCGACGAAUUUGGGAGUUUCUAAUGAUACUUUUUGCAUGGUUGCUCAGCGACGGCAAACCCAUUCGCCCUCUUCAUCUGUCUGCUGGGAUUGAAUCUCCGUUCCCUUUUCUGAGGUGUUAAGCAAAGCAACUUGUCAACGGACGGACGACAAGGGGCGUACCCACAGUUACCGGGAUAAUGAAAUGAUGGUCCAACUGGGCGAUUUUAUAAAUAUAUCGGAGAUGUAUACACCAAAUCUCGAGCAGCCACCGGUCCCUACUUACGUAAACACUUCUUUAUCCCUUUAUCGCAGACCGGACCAAUCCCCAGCAACCGAACAGACAUCAAAUAUUCAUUUACAGAAAAAGGAACGUCAUCAUUGGCAACAGCAAGGUGUGCGGAACGAAGAAAUGCAGACUUCAGCAGGGGAAAAUGUUGAUGCUACCAUAGACGAAUCGAGAAGGCGCAGCAGACGGGCAGCCACUGCCCAGAGGUCGCGACUCUGGCCCUCCGCAGUCAUUCCCUACGUAAUCCCAUCCACAUUUUCCAGUGAGUUCUGUAACCAUUUGAGUCAGCUGUCUACUCAAGCUAGUGUACUGUGGACUGACUGACGUGUCAUUUCAAAGUUAAGAAGCCCAAGCAGUUAGUACGUCCAGUAAAUCAGGUGUACAGUGUCUUAGCUAUUUUUCAACCAGUUACGGACACGAUCUCAUUCAGAGAUAAGUUGAUGCCGAAUAAAGGUGUUGGUGGUUGAAAACCGUCCAACAUUGGGUUAUGCCGGGAAGAGAGAGUGACAAAGAACUGCUAAGCCAGUGAAUUUCAACUGAUGGUAAUGGGCAUCUAUUGAAAUAAAAUCCUAAUGCGCAAAAACGCCCGUGAACACGACUGCGCGUGCGCUGAUGUUCUCCUGAACAGUGCUCUCUCUGUUUCUGUAUAGGCCUCUAGUAGCUGAAUGACCGGCUAUAGCUGGAGGAUGGUAAAAACACGUGAGACCAAAUGGAGUCCCUCUACAUUUUUCCCCUAUCUGACAGUUAACUGAGGUCUUUUUGUCUAUCUUUAGAUUAACGUCGGUGAGCCAGCUGUAAGUUCGGUGACGCAAAGGCACUCUGUUAAAAUUAAAUAAGGGGUGGACCCACCAUCCAGAGUGGUCUGCUUUCAUUUGGCCAUAGAAGUUUACAUAAAUGUUUCGGCUGAAAUGUAUGUACCUAACAGACAAAGAAGUUUCCGAAACUCAGAAAAGAAUUUUUUCUCGUCGCCGUAAUGAAUGCAGCCUGUGGUAUCUAUAAUAAGUGUUUUCCCACUGAAAAUCAAAUGUUUCCGAUUCAUUAAAGCCUCGAAAUAAAUUUUUAGCCUGAAACAGUCGGCCAUGUGCAGAAAUCAGUAUGAUAGGUUCUGGGGCCGAAAUAACGGAGAGAUACCCAAUAGUUUCCGGAGUUUUCAAAAAGCACCAUCUUGAGCACAUUAUGAGGCCAGGAGAAAAAAUGGGAUCUUAACCGAUGUGUCCGAAUUUCUGUCGAUGGUGAGAAAACUUGCUGGUGUUUUCACGACAAAAAAGUUGAUUAAGAUUAGGAAAACCAACAGCUGAAUUAUGGAAAAGCGCUAUAUUGCCAUAAAAGUUUCCUCAGUAGAUGCAGUAGGUGCACUUCGCAAUAUAUUAUGUAGACUAGAUCUAUACUACCAUUAGAACUGCAAAUUUAUACGGGAAGAAAAUUGGUUAAGAAAAUCUGAUGCACCUAGUUGGAUGUAAUGACACAUAGCUAAGUGUAUUUGGUGCCCAUAAAGCAGCUUGAAGAGUUAUAAAAGUGUGUGACGUUUGCAGUUCACAUCUCAGUUUUCGAAUUUCUUUCCUUCCACGUGAAACUGUGUUAUAUUCCUGCAUGAAAUGUGAAUGCCAUUUCGAACCUGUUUUAGCCUUGCCGGUUUUACAAACCCCCUUAACUAACAACUACUAUUUAUAAUACGAUAAAUUGCCAAAAACAGUAGUCUAAAAUUCAAAGGCAAAACGGGACGCCAUUAUUCUUGGCGGCAGUCAUCAUAGAUCUUGACCGCCGAGCACGUGCAUUUUGACAGAACAUUAACGUUUAUUCAGCCCUAGUGCUUAGCGUCUGAAUUUUCAGUAGCCAUGAUGUUUAAAAAAUAGUCUGUUUGUAGAUUUGUGCGCGUCGCGUAAACACUCCAUUCCUUGCGCAAAGAGCGAUGGGUUUUGAAACUCCAACAGAUUAUUUGUGAUGCUUUAUUAAGAAUAUUGCCUAGAGUUGUUUCAAGAUACUUCACCGCUAUUAUCGGAAAGCGAAUAAAGAGGAUGAGUAACUGCGUAGUGACAUGCUUGUUUGAAGGCUCUCUGUUCUCAAUGGGAGAUUCCUUUCGCAGCAGUAGCUGUCAGCGUCGGUAGAACUUCAUUUUUCGACAAAGUGUUCGCCACCCUUUUUGUUUAGAAUGUAAUGAACACAAGUGAUUUUCCCUUUGCAUUGGGUAGUUCCCUGCUCGUACACGACUUACUACAGCGAAAAGUGUUUGCAGGUAUGACGCUGUCGAUUAAAUGUGGUAGCGUGGCAUAAAGAGCACUAAGGCCGACAGUCCAACCGUCGAUUCUGACGAGAUCCACCAUAUUUCUCACAGCAAUGUGGACGCAGGGACGGUGAUUUAGGCGUGAUUCCUUUUAGAGGGAUAGUAGGCUUGCGCUCUACCUACCGCACCUCCUCUUCCUCUUCCUCCUCCUCCUCCUCCUCCUCCUCCUCCUCCUCCUCCUCUGCCAUCUAGGCACGAUGUCAUGACAAAGAGAAGGAAACCGGAGGCGGAAGAGGCUGCAAGUGGCCGGCGCGGAGGGAUCCGCUAAUCAGGCGUUCUACUACAUCUACUCGGGUAUCACUGAGUAGGAGUGUCACGCAGGCCACUCUAGGAGGGAGCGGUUGCAGCCUGACUCUUAGCCCUUAAGUCAGCCACUCAACGCAAACACUCCGGGCCAACUACGAGGCUAAAAUUGUAACAUCAGUUGGCAAUCUUCCGAGCCACGGCUUCUCCUUCAGCGUGAUAGAUUCAAACGUGUUAUAUUAUUAAUAGGGAGGAAUAUGCGCUGAAAGUCGAUCAUUCUUCCCACUCCCAGGCACCAUUCCACUGCCCGAACCGGCCAGUCAGCUGAUGGGGGGAUUCAGCGCAGUGGCUGACAGAGUUAGAGAGCUCGCCUGCGCAUGCCACGUACAAGACCUGUCCCCCAUACAAAAAAGUAUUUCAUACAAGAGGCGUUGGCUACUGGGAUCUCACAUGUAACAAGGGAGCCACAUGGAGAGGGAGCCGAAGAACACACUUUCCACUCAGGUGUGUGACGCCUUGUCCAUUCUCGUUGUCUGUGAUAUCAGACAUGUUCAUGCGUGGUGCGUGUAUUUAUGGGGAAAUGUAUGGAGAUGUGGUUUAUUCUACAAUGGAUUGCCGCAUCUUUACAUAGAGGUGUAUGUGACCAGGUAGGCCCAUCCGGAGGCUGAUUGUGCAUGGACAAUCUAGGCAGUCGAGGCAACGGUGGCAGGUGUAUGUCGGUUCCACAAAAACUGGUUCGCCAGUCUCUGUGCGAUGGAAUCUCGAGCGGCCCCCACGCAAAUGCGGGGCGUGCAUGUGCGGUAGCAGUGUUGGCAGGAUAGCCUAGAGGAUAAUGAGUUGAUUGGCGUUGUUGUGCUGCUGGUGGUGGCCGCGUUAGUGGAUGGAAAGUCGGUAGGGUUGGGGAGGGAAGAGUUAUUCGGCUUGCAAGGUAUGCUUGUGAGUCGGUAUUGCGGGGAAUUCCACUACGUGGAUUUGCAUGUGAUUAAAUAGGCCCAUGCAAUGCAACGCGUGUAUGUGGGAGCUCGUGUCACUGGGACGCCGGCGCAUUGCGAUGGAUUUGUGAGGGGCUGACCAGACCGAUGUGCGAUCUCAGUGAGGACAGGUUGGGACCGAGUCCACGUCGUUGGUGGUAGGGAUGGUAGUAGUGAGGGCAGUGGUCGACGAGGUGUCGGGAGUGUUCUCACCUCUGGCGAUAGUGAGAGAACUGGCCAAAAAUAAUUAGCCACUCGGGGAGCUCGCAGGCCGGUGAGUCAGAUGGCCAAGCAAUCAUCACGCCAGCAUCCAACAUGGGUGGUGAGAUUUCAGCUUGCUGGCCAUCAAACAAUUAUCGCACCAGCGGGCAAGAAUUCUCAAAGAAGGGGAGAACGAUUAAUUAUCAUAGGUAUGUAGUAGCACAGCGACUGCAUCCUGUAAAUACUGAAAUUUCCUAGUCACGAAUCACCCGUUCCUGUCAUCAUCGCUGAUGAUGGGCCCGAGCAAAACCCGAAACCUCAGACGAAUAAAACUCUUGUUCCAGCGAUCGUUUCUACUGCUUCUCAGAGCCGGUAGUCGUCGCUAUCGUUACGGGGGUUGUGGCAGGAACGAUGGAGGCGCAGGGAUGAUGGAUGUGGCAGUGGUCGAUUUGGCGGUGCACCGCGACUUCGUUCAUGGAUGGUGAGGGAGGUCGUCAUCGUGGACGCCGUUGGGAUUGAUGCAGGUGUGACGAAGGGAGCGGCUGUGGAGGCGGCAGGUGUAGUUGUUUGUUUAUUGAUAUACUGGGUCUGGAGAUGCCCGACGAGGCCGAUACACGGACAGGAUGUUCGUUGACAGGGUGAGCAUGCUGGAGGGGGUUGAGUGUUAACCUUAUGGAUCUGAGGGGCUUAAGGCAGGCGAGCCCCUUGUAAAGCGAAGAUGGCGGCUCUCGGUUGGUUUCAUAGAUUACUGCCCCAGUCUUCACUACUCUUUUCGAGAUCGCUCAGUCCUGAACGAGGUCUUUCUAAGUUUCCGGGUUGAUUUGAAAUCUCCUGAGUGAGUUCUUUAGCGUGUCUGCAGUGUCUUCUUUGUCCUCUUUGCAUGCAAACAACCGUAACGACAUCAUCGUAGUUUGCUCAGUCAAUCAAAGUCUAUCCGCAUGCAAUGGCCUCCCCAUCACAAUUGCAGUUCCCUCAGUAGGUAUGGAUGAAUAGGAUUUCGGCCUAUUCCAAGACUUCCGUGUCAGGGAUCCAAUCCUGUCACCUUAGCAUUCAAUCCACAGGACAUCUUACGUGGAGAGGCCUGAGGUUCCUUAGUUGAUUAAUACAGACUUACCAGGUAUCCAUUCAAUAUAGUAGCGUAAUAAAGAUGAUUGCUCUGCACAUAAUGAGAUCAGUAUUGAGACGAAGACCGCGAAGACACCAUACUGAGUCUUGCAGUCCGCCUAGGACUUAGCUGGCUUUCGAAGUCCGGUAAGUCCCUGCGUCGUUGAUUUUGGUACUUUGCGAGAGUGUGCUGCCUAAAUAGGCAAAGUUGUUCACAGUCUUAAGUUGGGUGCCGUUGAUGUUGAUGCGAGAAACACUGAAUGCAGCUUUGGGCGGCUGAUGCGUGACCGCCGUUUUGUCCGUGUCGAUGGUCAGUCUGAAUUUGGCGCUGCCAGAGGCGAAGAUGUACAUAAUUCGUUGCAUGUCUACUUCUGUUGCGAUUUUGAGCGCGCAAUCGUCGGCAAAGGGCAAAUCGUGGACAUUAGUUGUCAAUAAACGCAUCGAGGAAUGUAUGCACCGGCUACUGACAAGUUGGCCGUCGGUCCUUUAAGCGAUGCAAAUCUCUGGGCGUUAACCCGGUAGGUCUCCGUCAGCGUGCCAGAGAACAUGAAGCCAAUGAGGAUGGUAGCGAGUGCGCAGCCAUGCCUCACUCCGUUGGCUACCUAGAAUGUUCCUGAGACGGUCCGGUUUUUCGUGACGGACGUCAUCAUCUCGUCGCGAAACCGAGGCGUGAGCCGGUCAGGACAGUCGAAUUGUUGCACGAUUUCCAAGAGUUCACAGUAAUUCGCCAUACUGAAGGCUUUCGUUAGGCCCCUGAAGGUAGUGUAGAGGUGGGUUCACAUUUCCUGUCAUUACUCUUGCGGAUGGCGGAUGGGAAGGAUAAUCUCGGUGGUUCCGUGGUGUCGUCGAAAGCCACUGCAGAUGUUUCCCUUCUAGAUAACUGUUGAGACGGUUAAGGAGGGUGCGAGCGAAGACCAUCCCGGCAAUUUUAGUGGUAAGAUACCUCUUUAGUUAUCACACAGUUGCUGGUCCCCCUUUUGAUUGCAGACAUAUACGGUUGUCGCUUCCUUUAACUCACGAGGAAUGUGUCCUGGGCGUCACAUCUGGAAUAUUGUUGUAAGUUUGUCCAUCAGUCGGGGACGCCGUGCUUGUAAACUUCGACCGGGAUAUCUAUAUUAAUAUGUAUAUGUUAACCAGCUAAUCUUUCAAAUGAUCACUGGGACUGCGAGCCUACCAGACUGUGUAUUAUGGGUACACAUAAUCAGUUAGAUAUUGACACUGUUUCCUGUAGUACGGAUUGUUAAUAUUCCUUUGUUAGUGUUUUUAUAACAUCAAAAAUAUCAGGGAUACCAGUUAGAGGAAUUUCAUAAAUAGUUAUUGUAUCGGUCCAUGCAACAGAAUUUAAUACGUUGUAUACAUCUAAAAGCAGAGGCCAAUACCUGGUCGUUAACAGAGGAACUGUGGCAGAUUGCGCAUUUAAUGCUCGGAAAGGUUUGUACUAGGACAAUUAUAUGAUGACUCUGGUAUACUCUGUGAAUAUUUUCUUAAAAGGCUAAUUUAGAUGGUAGUAAUUUUUUAGCGCAGGCUGUAAAAACAGUGAACGCCCACCUUCACAAGUCAUAUGCCGCAAGAAGAAAUCUUAAGCAAUAGCCUCUUGACUUACUGCAAAUGUUUGAACAACUUUAAAAGUUUUAUGGAUUACCAGAACUGUAAAAACACUAGAUCGCGGUCAGUAAGCGGGCUCGCUGUCUGUUUUAAUAAAAUCAUUCCAAAUUAUUAGAGUAUACGGAUUUCUUUUGUCCCACAUGCUAUCACAAAUGAUUUUCCAUACAACUAUUUUAUAAGGUAUGUUUUUCAGUUUCUAAUCCCCAUCCCAUACUUACAUUAAGACAAGGCGAUGAAGAACAUGGUGAGCGCAAUGAGGAAGUGGGAAAGCAACACAUGCCUCAGUUUUGUCGAGCGAGAACCACAUCAUCAGUCCUAUCUCUUCUUCACGGUCUUGCCUUGUGGGUAGGUUUCUUUCAACGUAAAUAACUGAUUGACAAGAAGGAAAUGAGAGUUAAUAAUAAUAAUGUAUUUUAGGGUAAUAGGCAAUGCCCUUGAUAACCCUAUUGAAAACGGUACAUAAAAUAUAAAUGUUAAAUGUACAUCUUACUAAAUUUUGUCAGUAACAUAUUUGUUCACGGAAACAUUUUUCACGAUGCGGGACUGCGUAGGAUGCGGCAGGCGGCCUUCUCAGUGUACAUAUGAAAUUUUAAGUGCGGUUAUAUACAAUCAGCAUAAAGUGCAGUCAUUUGCAUAGUUUGAGAGGAGACAUUUCAUUAAAAGUCAGGGAUGUGUUGAGUAGGGAUGAAAUCAAGAAGUGAAAUCUAUGGCUGGCCGCAGAUAGUCCUGUUGUGAAAGUCGUCGUUUAUCAAAGAUCAAACGAUCCAGCUGCCUUUUGAAUACAGCGAUUGUAUUAGAUGUCACUAUUUCACUUGGGAGUGAGUUCCACGGUCGAAAAACACGCUGGCUGAAGGAAAACUUCCGAUUGUCUAGGCGUGUACGCUCCCACUUGACUUUGUACGAGUGACCGCGCAGGUGACUCGUGGUCGUGAAUUCAAAAAAGUCGUCAGUUUUGAACGAACAUUCAUGCCCGUCGAUAAGGCGGAAUGUCCAUAACAGGUCACACCUUAUUCGUCUAUAGGAUAGGGGAACUAAUUUAACUGGAUCAGUCUUUCUGGUUAUGACAGAGUCCUGAGACCGUCCAUCAGUUUUGUGGCCCGUCGUUGCACCUGCUCUAUGGCAUCACUGUCUUUCUUUAUCCAGGGCAUCCAUGAUGGCAUUCCGUAUUCCAAGUGCGGUCUGACGAACGUGCCGAAUAUCUGUGAGAAGAGUUCUGGAGGAAAGAUUUUGAAGGCACGCCUAAUCUAGUGCGUGAUGCUGGUUGUCUUUUGGACGACUCUUUUGCAGUGCUGAGAGGGCAGCAAGUUUGAGCAUGUCCAGACACCUAGGUCUUUGUGCGUGUCCACGUCUUUUAGUGGAACCCCAUUUAUGGUGCACUGAUCUUUUGGGAAGCGCCUCCGACCAGAUUCCAGUCGCAAGACUACACAUUUAGAUACGUUAAACGCUAGAAGCCACUUGCUGGACCACGCAGCCAGCUUAUUAACAUCUUCCUGUAGCUUUUGCGCAUCUUCAACGCAGCUGAUUGUUUUCCAGAUCUUUAUAUCAUCCGCAAACAUGAUGCCAUCGCAUUCAAGGUCUGCAGGACAGUCAUUUAUAUAAAUGAGGAAGAGGAGAGGACCCAAGACUGAGUCCCCGCUUUUUACUGGCAUCCAUUCGGAUGUAGUGGCACCAACGAUGACUUUUUGGAGCCUGCAUGACAGGAAACGUUUAAUCCAAUUAAAAACGCUGCCCUCUAUUCCAUACUCCAAAUCUUCUGUAGGAGUCGUCCAUGAGGAACGCUAUCAAACGCCUUCUUAAAGUCAAAGAAGAUGACGCCCACUGGACGGCCCUGGUCUAUGGCUCUUGUCCACUUUUCCUGAGAGUAAAGACUGCUUGUAAGACAGGAGUGACCACGACGAAAUCCGUGCUGUGCAGCAUAUAACAGGUCCCUCUGCUCCAGAUACGACAUUAAAUGCCCUUUAAUAAGUCGCUCCAUUACCUUGCAUAGAAUGCAGGCUAAAUUAAUAGGACGGUAGUUUUCGGGUUCCAGCCUGGAUCCACCUUUAUAGAUUGGAGAAAUAUAGGCCGUUUUCCACUCCUUCUGCAGUUCGCCUUCGUCCAUGGGCUUCCGAAAUAUCAUGGACAUUCAGAGAAGUCCUUAUUGUCAUAUAGGCUAUCUUUGUAGUUAACCAAUCCUUAUCAAAUGUUGCCAUCUCAGCUUUUUGCUCAUCGAUUGCAGUUGACUUACCAGCAUUUCUUGAAAACAUGACCUGGUUUUUGCCAGAUAAAGUUCUAAAACUCUGCUUCAUCAUGCUAGUCAGAAUCAAAGAGAGACUUUAAACCAAUCAGGUGGGACUAAAACCAGUAGCUGAGCUUGACGCUUAUGCAUACACAGAACUUUGCAAGCUAUCAGAGACAGAUAAACGAAACCUCUUUCACUGCCCUCAUAAUCAUCAUAUAUGUCGUUUUAUAACCCCGAGGCAGUAAGAAGUAUUUAUAUUAAGGGUUGCAAAAGGGUAUGCCCUAGUGACAUAGAGUUACAUUGGCGUCAAAGUUUAUCUUAGAAAAGCCGAUGCUUCCGGGUCAGUAGUUGUAUUUAGAUUUUAAUAUAUCGCAACAAGCUGAUUCGCCGCAUGCGUUACAGUGGCCGCAACGCGUUUGAAAACGUAAAUUUUCUCUAGCAGUUGUUUAUCCUUCGAAUGCCUACCCGAUUUCAGGUAGAAAAUUGGCAUAUGAGCAGAGGACAACAUGAUCUAAUAUAUGCAUUUGUAAUUGUCUUAGAUGUUGUUCGUCUGUGGGACGUAAGAGCACGUCUGGUCCACAGAAUGUUUCCAUCGCCAGCGGUUGCGAAUCAGAAGGAACCAUCAUGCACGAACUUGGUCAUGCCAUCGGAUUUUGGCACGAACAUUCUCGACCUGAUCGGGACGGUGAGUUCACUUUUUGAAAGAGACAGUGAACAGGUGAUGACCAAAAUAACAAAAUGUGUUAUGAUGCUGCACUUUUUAAUUUUGAUGUUUGUGCUUCAAUAAAUACUUCCAAAAUAUUCCUAAUCUUUGAAUUUGCUUUUCGAGGGCUUUCGAUCUUUUAAGCAUUUGCUGACUGUCAUGUUUGAUUAAUUACAGCUGGAGUCAUGCUGAAAGUUACGGUGAAUAAUCUUAUGUGUAGAUGAAUGUUAACUGACAGCUGAUGUUCAGCCAACAUCACUGCAUAAUUCUUAACUUAUUAUCUAUGAAAUUGGACUGCUGUUUGGGAGUAUUUACCUGAGGUUGUCCAAAACCAAUUCAGCAAAUAUUUUCCUUUUAUUUUUAUGCUAGCACAUGUGGAAGUCAUUGAGGAAAACAUUAUACCCGAGGAUAAAUACAAUUUUGAAAUGCUGACUCCAACCGAUGUGAAUUCUCUUGGUGAACCCUAUGACUACAAUUCAAUAAUGCACUAUGGCAGGCGAAAUUUCGCUAUACCUGGUAAGGCGGAAACCCUAAGACCUAGGAGAGACGGUCCAAACAUUCAAAUUGGUAAUCGAGUUCGCCUCAGCGACAGUGACGUUAGACAGACGAACUUGCUCUACGGCUGUCCUCGUAAGUGUAUCUUGAUCAAUCAUUCCUAAUUUCGAGUCUCCUAGUGCAUAUUCCACUCGUUAUGGAAUGGAUUUGAUGCCAUUCAAAGCCUUCUUUCGACCUUCUACGAUUGCCUUCGCCUACUUUAUCCGAACCUAACAAACACGUGUAUCUUCACCUAGUGCUGGGGCUAACACCGGCAAAUGCUUUCGUUUACUGGAUUUGCUUAAGUAACUUCACGAUCUUCAAAGUAGAAGCACCAUAUAAUGGUCUGGUAUAGUAUUGCGUGACAAAACAACUGGCUCAUAACUGAACCUUACCAAAUGACGUUGCGAUCUUUAGAGGAUCAUAAAAACCCCGAAGUUUUCCUACAUUCAUCAUCGCUGAACGUGACAGCUAUAGCCAACACUCCAACACUUCAAGGAAAAGUAUAACAGGCAGAUGAGCUGAUUUAUUUUCGCAGGUCCAGUUUUCUGGUCUACUAUACUUAAAAUGUUGAUCACGGAAUCGUUGGGCAUCUGCUUCUCACCCUCCAAGAGGUGGGCCGAUCUGCGGUCAGCCAGGUCGUUGAAGCCGCAGUUUGCAGCUCAGAUGUACGGUUUUAAUAGCAACCUUAAAAAAGAAGGAAAAAGUAGACGGCCUUCAUUGUUCGAAAGUUGCUUACCUCUACUGCUUACUACGUUCUCGGUCCGUUAACAAUCUGCCUGUGAUAUAUUCCUUUUGACUCUGCGUGGCAACCCGCCGGGUGCUCGGGUGAGGACGAAGAUAUGAAUCUUUGGCAGUAAAACCGAUUUUAAAACGAUAAACUAACCGUUCUGUAGUCGUGAAUUUAAAUCGAACCUCUACGUAACGAUCGUCGACCAAGCUCUGGAAAUUGUUGAAGGUUAUGCUGUGAUCGACAGCAUAAGCAGUUUCAGUUGACUAACCCCCUGAUUCCUGCACUGGGAGCUGACAGCCUGUGAGACGGAUAAUCACAGAGGCCCACGGCUUUAUGCCUAAAUGUCUAAUUAUUGUAAAAAACCAAUUUGCGUUCAUGUCGGUUCACUACGUACCCUGGCACACUUAUCCGGAGGGAGUGAAAAGUUAAAGACAAACCUGCUGUACUACUGAACUCUUGCGAAUAUCACUUGCUUGUUUUAAUUUUAAGUGUAUCUAAGAUUUGAAGGGUCGUUUAUCAGUACUCGUCUCGAAAUAUGCAAGCGAAGACUAGAUCGUGUUGCUGGACGUGAACGUUCUGACUGUGUGCGUUAUGAGUUUCCAUUGCUUGCAUCGAGACGAUGACACGGGCCUUAAUUUUACACUUUCACUAUCCAUCUUCUGCGUCAACAAAAUUUGGCUCGCGGUCAUGGAGACAAGAAAUUAAAAACUAAAUUGCGUUUUCGUUGUUAGUUAACAGUAAGAAAAUAUAGCACAUUGACACGGAAGGCUGAGAAGUUUUGGCCGCUGAGCUGAUGAGAGACGGUGACAUGAGUUGGAGGGCUCGGUAGCAUGACCACGUUCUAAGACGAACAUUUUCUAAAUAGAUGAGGCCCGUAGUUUUACUGCCUGCACUGAGAAAUAGCAUAUUUCCGUUAACUGGAAGCUGAAUUAUCUGGCUUUCUGGCCAUAAGAAUGGUGCAGUUAGUGACCGAUUCCAAGAAGUGUCGACAAAAUCGUGAAAGGUGUAUUCGAUUUAAAAGGAUGACUUGAGUGUUGGUCGUAAUAUUGAUUACUUUACGGUAUAAUGUCCCAAUAUCUAGGUCUGCUAUGAUUUUGGCUUUUAAAUGUACAUUUUGUAAUCAACAGAGACCGCACACUCUAAAAAUGACUGCUUAAUUAUUAUACACUAUAUUUAUAUCGAUUUUCGAUGACUUUAAAUUCAAAAACAUUUAAUCGAAAGCAUAGGUAAAAAUAUUCUUUCUUGUGUCCAUUUAGUAAGAAAUCAUGUGUUCUUUAAUUUUUAUACUCAAAGAAAGGAUAUAAUUGAAUUUUAAACUGUCCUCCAAUUUCAGAAUGAUUUUGCCUGAUCUGCCGUUGCAUUUGCGUUAAGGGUUUCAGCCUAAUGACCUUAUACUUUCCGCGUAAUGAAAAACAUUCAUUCCCCCAUUCUAGUAAACAGACAUUAUAUAGGACUCGUAAAAUUUUGCAAUGGAUUUGGACUAUGUUGUAUACUUCAUGAGGGGCAUUACUGAGCAGAUAGAAAAGAUGCUGUUUGUAUGAAGAUUGCGCAGCCCGAAAUGCCCAUAACUUGAAACGUUUUUUAAAUCGAAAAGAACUUUCUUUGAGAACAAAACUUAAAAAGGACGUACUGUGGUACUAAAUAAGUACGGGACUAUUUUUACGUCUUGUUUUUAAAAGUGCAUUCCAAUUUAGAAAGGCAUCGGAAAUCAAUAAAAAAAUGCUUACUGCUUAAGUAGUCUGUUCCUACCCAGCGCGGUUAUUGCAAACGCCGAAAUGCAAUGCAUUUAAAUAUAAAACCUUGGCAUGUCUGGAAUAUUGCGGCUUUAUGUCGCAAGGUAAUCAAUAUUACAACUCCAUUUAAGCAGUCCUUCCUAAUAGAAAACUCAUUUCGCACUUUCUGUCAGCAUCUCAUGGAGAGGCCACUGGCCGUACGUUUGAACCGUUUGUUGGAACGAAACGGAACAAAUGAAAGACUUGUUUCAUGUCUUGAUCACAAGGCUGUGUGCUGAGCUAUUUUCAUUUAAUUAUCUUCCGUACUUAACUAUGUUCUCGUAGAGUGUAUGUAAGAAGCGUAUACAAGGUAUGCAGAGUGGCAACACUUUAUUUAGGACUGUUUAAUGUGUCUUGGCCUUCAUAUUUGACGUCACGUUAGGAUUUCAAUCCCCCAGUUUAAUAUCUUUAUCUGGAUAAUCACAUCAGCCUGUGGACGAACACUUCUCGAGCCUUCCGACACAUUCGAGUCUCCGGAAAGGCGGUUAUAUCUAAAGCGUAGGAGCGUUGAUCUUCCGGACGCCCCUUCCCUCAGAAAUUUCCCAUCCGCGACUACAACUCAGGGCGACAGUCACAAUUUUAACUUAGCAGAUCUCGAGGCGUGUGAGUGGCGAAUCGUAGCGGAAAGUGGGGAACGAAUAUUCCUGACUUUCACGAGGAUGGACGUGUUCUCGCCUGCCAAUCCCCGUCUGUCUAGAGGUCAACAGCACACCGUUAAAAAUGGUUCCUCCCCCUGCACAGAGGAUUACGUUGAUGUUCGUGAUGGAUAUUACUCCGGAUCGCCUCUCAUAGGUACGAGAAAAGGGUCUGUUGACAUAUUAGCCCAUUUUUAUGUUAUUUUGCAAAGUAUUCACCGAUUUCGUCUGUAAUAAGGAUGGUAACAAUCGGGAGAGGACACCCAGAAAAUACUGCCGGCCAAAGCAGCGAUCUUAUCGCAACUGUCCUAAACUAUGCAGCCAUUGACUGAGCCGCACGCUGGCGACUGCGGUAGCUCCUGACCUCUGGAAGUAAUGGUAAAAAUUGAUAAUCCAAGUGCUCGGUCAACGGCGAUCGCAUUGCGAUUCUCCGUAGGUAAGCUCCUAUAGAAUAAUCUGCAUAGGCACUACUGCGGUCGCUUGUCAGCAGUGGAAGCUUAUAUUAAGGUUGUGUAACGUAGGGUGGGUCUACAGCGAUCGUUUUGCAACUGUCCAAAGGGUAUGGUCCCAUAGAUUGAGCCGCAUGUCUACAACUGCGGUCAUUCCUCAACUAAGGAAGAAAUGGCCAUAAUGGAUAGGCCAAAGGGCUGGUCCACAGCGAUCGUAUCGCAAGUGUUUGAACGUAUGCUACCAUAGAUUAAGCCGCAUAUCGACUACUGCGCUCGCUCUUCAGCUGUGGAAGCUAAUGUCAAGGUUGGUAAACAUAGGAUUGGUCUAAAGCGAUCAUUACCCAACUUUCCUAAACUAUGCUGCUCUAAAGUAAGCCGCAAACGGACUAAUGUCGUCGCUCGUGACCCAAGCAAGCAUAUGUGAAGGAUGGCGAACCAAUGGUCGGUCUACAGCGCUCGUUUCUCCACUCUCCCAAGGUAUGCAAGGAUAGAUUUAGCCGCAAACCCACUAUUGCUGUCACUCUUCAGCCGUGUAAGCCUAGGUCAAGGUUGAUUAACCAUUGCUCGGUCUGCAGCGGUCGCAUCUCAACUGUUGGAGACUAUGAUAGUCUAAGUGAGGCAACAUGUGCACUGCAGAUCAGAUAAAAUUGAGGUCGGAUGAAACAAGAAAUAUGCAGGGCCAUAACCUACUCAAAUAGGUAUAGCUGGUAUUAUUCCUAGGCAACGGAUAUUUGGGUGCCCUCUCCCGAUUGUUACCAUAAGCAUUUUCGAAAAUGCUCGUCCCAAUAAGAAUUAUCGAAAAAAAGGCGUCUGUCUUAGUUAAUCACGUGUGCAUUAGAGGAUUACUACUCAGGUCCACUUUGAGAUUAACAGUGCUAAUCAAUGUUAAAUAAUCCUGUAAAAUUAUACUUAAGAUAUUGGUUAUAUGGCGGACGUAGUGAAGGUUAUAGGAGCCUACCGCCAGUUUCGUAGUUUGGGAUCUGAAGGACUUCGCAAGUGGAUGUGAGCAAUUUGAUAUACAUUUGCCAUUUAAAACACCACGAGCACAUGUUGCUUACGUUAUACACAGGCCGCACGUCUAGUAGACUAGGUAUGUGGGCCGGGUUCUAGGUUUUUGCCCAAUUUAAGGCCGCUCAAACAGAAGAAAACGGAUGGUUGGCUUCUGCGUUCUUUCAUUUGCAAAUGACGACCGAGUAAUGAAGGGUAGCGUCGAAGAAUUUACUCGUGAGUUUUACUUGCAAAAAAUCUAGUUCCAAAGGGGUGCUGAGACGAAUGAGGUCUGACCGCUGGAGUUUGAAGCCAACAGCGACAGACGAGGCAUGCUGUAUGUGGUAGAAACUUGUGUUCAGCGAUUAUUCGCAGUCUAUGGAUCACCGAAAAUUCCGCUUUUUCAUUUUAUGAAGUAAAUAAACAGUAUGCGUAAACAGAUCCUCUCGUCUUACCUCAUUUUAUUAUGAUAUUACUGUCAAGUAUUUUUACAGGAGAACGACUUAUAGCAAAAUUUAUACAACCCAUAGUAUAUUGGUUAUGUCGUUCUUCGGAAGUAACAUACUUUAGAAGAGUAUGGAUCUAAUGCAAACUGAAACACGAGGACAACGAUGCCAACGAGGCAAAUUGUUAAGUUUUUCUAUGUUAAGUUCUUGAAGAUCAUAUCAUAUCAUCAUUCAUCGGUAUCGUCAGACCCUUAACAUCUUAUAUUAUGGCGAAGCAUAGUUGGCUUUAAAUAUAAGUAAAACCGUGAAUCAUGUAUCACUACCUUGUUAAAACAGAAAAACGUACAGAUGUAACCUUCUACGUGACUACUCAACCUUAUGCUACAGACGACUCUUUGCUGUGCUCACUUACUGUACUAAGUAAGAUAUUUUGUCAUUCCGUAUGUUGCGUGGAAAAAUCAUCAGAAGUGAAUGCAUCUUUUGUAUCAUUGCAAGAAAUUCUGGCAAUUCCCACGAGGUUAAUAUUCUUGCUCAUAAUUUUUUUGUUUCAUAACUUAUGGCUUACAAACCUAUAUGGGAAUUUGGUUAAAUAUCAUAAAAAGCAACACAGUUCGUUAUUAUGUGCUCUUGGAACUAUACCACACACAGUCACAACCACUUACACCGUUUGUUGAGGUGUCAGUUAUUUGCCUCAGAUACGUACCGACCUUAAUCUGAAGGUCAGUCACUCCCUAAGAAAGCAGUCUGAGAUAUUAUUAGGAAUGACAGAGAAAUACGGUUACAGUUCUGCCGUUUGCGACGUAGACGUCCUCCAGUGCUAUCUUCGAGUAUUUUAAAACAUAGUUUAACCUGUCAGAUGUUUUAGUAAAUAUUAGUCUCUGAUAUUCUUUGUACUUUUCCCAAGUUAAAGAAAUCCCUUUUUAUAAGUACUUCCGAUUUUCUGCCCAGCAGUUUAUUGUUACAAUUUUGUUUGCUCACUAGUCGACUCUGUUCGAUUCUUGCCGUUAACGUGAUACUUAGCAGCAUGGGCAAAAAGUUCGUUGUACAUAUUUAUCUUCACGUUGGCAAAUAAAGUGCUUAUUAUCUCAAGGACAACAACACAUAACGAUAUCCAGCCUACGGGCAAUGUCAUUUCAGUUCUAACCAGAUCUUUGUGAUGUUCAGGUCGUUACUGUGGAAAACAGCUUCCAAAGACGUUGGUAUCAUCACAAUCAAGAAUGUGGAUCAGAUAUAGGCGUUCAGUGGGAUCAUCGGAUACUGGAUUUGCCGCCAAAUACCGAGGUGAAACAAACUAAUCCAGAUUACCUUAAAGCUUUCAAAAGGCAGUAGAUUGCGAUGACAUGUUAUCUGAGUUUUUGGAAAAUGCACACCUAAAAUGUUUUCUCGCAAUUGUUCGGAAAUAUUUACGAGAGGGCUUCCAUUUUAGCCUCAGUGUCUAAUUUAACUAUGAUAUUUCACCAGCGUUAUUAAGUAUUUUUAUUCUAAUAAAUAAUAAAUGGAGAAUAAGUCCAGCUUAUUGCUGAUAGAAGCAAAAAGGCGAGUUUCAGGAAGCAGUCGCAAAGAAGGAGACACGAUCGCUGGAACGAGAGCUUUACUAGCUUAACGUUUCAAACCCUCACUCGAAUCCAUCAUCAGAGGCCAAGUCGGAUAAGAGUGGUAAGUUACCCAGGUGUCGCAGUAUUUAUUGGAUGUAGUUGCUAUGCCGUUACACGCGGCUCAUUCGACGAGACCCAACCACACAUUCAAGUUUGACGGAGCGGAAAUUCUUGCUAGAAGUGACAACCUCGUGGGUCGCGAACUGCUCGAGUCCUGGAUUGACGGUCCUUCAUCAGCCAACAAGCACAACGACUUCUCCGCUCCAUAUUCGUGCUGAGACUUUGUCUAGACAAAGUACUUGGCCGCGAGGAGAGCGUGCAGAUGACCACUGUUCCUGGCGAGCCAAAUUGUCCAAAAGUCCGCACGGAGGACGAAAUCCGACAGUAAGCAACUCGACCGCGUGCGAUGAGCGUGGAAGUCGAUAAUCUUGACCGACACACAAGGGCAUAGUAACUGCAUACUUCAAGAACUGGCUAGUCGAGUCGUGCUGCACUCGGGAGCUGCCAACUGUGAUAGGCAUGUAACGGCCUGGCAAUUAUAUCCUAUGAAUACCGCAACACGUAGGCAACUUACCACCCUUAUCUAACUCUGUCUCGGAUGAUGGAUUCGAGUGAGGAUCCGAAACGUCAAGCCAAUAAAGCUCUUGUUACAGCGAUCGCGUCUCUACCUCGGUUUAACUUAUUCUUCCAAACCACUCUUUCCAAUUGCAAUUUCCACUGUACUAAAUUUAGUCUUUGCCAACAGAUGGGGUAGGCGUCCACCUCUAGUGGAUAAGAUACAAACUGACUCGUCAUGCACCAAUAUGAUGUAAAGGAGCCUACAGUUCACGAGAAGUGGCAGCGGUUAAAGCAAUUUCCCUAAGGUUGUUCAAUGGUAACUGAAGCAUUCGCAAACUUCCAAAAACCUUCCAACAGCGUCUUUGCUGCGUUGCAAUCUUAGACAUUAUAAGGUAAGCCGAGGAGACGGAGAGGAAAACGCGUCUGCCCCCAACGAAACCAACAAUUAUUAUGGAAAAUAGUCCGAAUAAACACUUUCACUUGCGCACGCUGGUAACCAAUGCCGUAAUCUCCAUUUUAACUUGAAAUGACAGACGUAAGGUCCUGUUGCAAAAUUAUUUUUUAUUUUUGUAUAACAGAGCGACUUCACAUGAUCUGCAGUUUUAAGCAUUAGGUAGCCCUUAUCUCUAAACCUGAAAAUAAGAGUUUACCGAAGUUCGAACUGUAUCCUCUGACUCAAAUGCCUAGGUAGAGGCUUGCAGGGGACAAACAAAUAUGCUCCCAACGGUCGUUACGUCAGAAUGGAAAACGACUAUGAUUCUACACCCGCUGAGCUUGAAAGUAUAACGGGGAUCUAUAAAUUUAGCGUCAAAUGCAUCCGCACUCGAAAAUGAAUGACGCCAGGCUGGGAACCUAUCAGUCACCAGACAGCGGGUUAUGUAGAGGUCCGUAUCAGGUUUUGUGUUUUCGUGCCUCUUGAGUAUUAAUGCGAGCCGUCGUGCAAACUAAGCUUUCAAGUGGAUGAUCUGGCCUUUCCUUCCUGCCUACAUACCUGGAGUCAAUGUACUCAUAUAUUUCCAAAACAGGUAAACGUUUGGUAAACCACCAAACUUCAUGCAUACGCUGACUAUUUUAACAUAGGGACGAACGAAAGGAACUCGUAAACGUCUUUUAAGACGAAAUUGUAUCAACUUCAAUUGUCUCCCUACCGACCCUUUCGCAAGCAUCAAAAUUUUCCAAAGGAAUCCGCCCAAUAUGUCUUUGAUAUUUGACUAGGUACCGUUCGUCAGAGGAAGAUGAUACAGAAUAUAUAAGUAAAUAACCUUAUUGAACGCAUUUGGGUAGGAGACAACUUGUGCUAUCUUAUAUGUUCCUUCGGAAAAAAACUAUGAAUAGACUAAGUACUUUAGUAACAUCAUAUAUUUUUUGACGGACAUGCAGAGUUAAAGACCCCAUCUAACUGAACUUAUUAUGGGUAAACACUAUACUUUCAGAGGUGUGUAUACCGUUUUUUCUUAAUCAGCCAUUUGCGGUGGUGAAAUACAUAAAGAACGUGGCGCAAUCUACAGCCCUAAUUAUCCGGAUCCUUACAAACAAAACAAAGAAUGCAUCUGGAAGAUUGUCGUUCCCCUGCGAUUCUCAGUCGGCCUCAAAUUUGGGUCUUUUCAUGUAAGCAUGAGUGCUUUUUUCCGAAAUCUAUGCUCCUGCUGGUGAAUAUCGUACAAUCGACGAAACAUUCAUGGAAAGAUCAGACAUAAGUCACCAACGUAUGUGUGGCAAAUCGUUAUUACGUAGUUUUUAUCACACAAAAUCUCUGAUUAUCUUGUCACAAAAAGGCAUAUAUUUUUGAUUUAGCCUCCAGCAGGGACCUGAAUUUAAUCUUUGACGGUGACUGAACUUCUUUUCGUGAACUGCUGACUUCUGAAUCUAUUUGUUAACGCGGAAACUCAUGUGUAAAUGGCCGCAUUAGAGAGUGCUAUUUGAUAUUAGAUAAAGCAAUUCACCUGUUCAGUUUUCAUCUCACCAAAUAGAUUUCUCACGGUUCGAUGCGUCGUAUUGGUAACUUUACGCCAUAUUGCACACUUGUAUAGGAUAAGACUGUCUUCAAUACUGUUGACAGUCCGACAUUCUUACAAUUCCUUGAUACAUCGAAAAAUGGCGGCAAAAUAUUUGUUUGGUUUUUCAGGUAAUUUUGUUGAGUCACUUACAACGCAUUAACUAUGCCGGUGCUUAAUAUGCAGGCAUGAAGAUGUCCCAGUUACCACCGAACUUCCUGGAAUCCAGAUCACGUAUUUACCUAGAUUUCGCAAUCAACCAUGAACGCCUUGGCUGAGGACUGCAAUCGAAUGGUUUUUAGUAAUGUUUACCGAAAUGAUAACAUAAAGCAGUUUUAAAUAUAAAAAGUUUGAAGGAAUUUACAGCAACGGUCGCCUCACGUUGGAGCUGCAGCAAUUACAUCCAAAUGUAAUUGAAAGGCACACAAAGACAGCGCCACGAAAAAUGCGAAUAAAGAGGCAAAUGUAAAAUGGCUUGUCUGCAUUUUCUGACACUUAACCUCUUCUGGGAUAAACAAAGCGAAAUUAACGCCCUCAUUAGGGUCUGCUUGUAAAUGUGCCUCCUCUUGAGAACCAGGGCUUAAAACCAUGUAAACGAAAUUAUCUGUUUGACCUAGCCCCACAGAAAUUGACUUCUUGUAGCCUGAAACAAAUUCUAUUGAGCAUAUAAUGCGUGUAUACAUAUAUAUACAUAUAAGGUUAAAAUUGUAGAAAUUAUGAAAUGCAGCACACACAGUUAAGUACGGAAAAUGCCUGCGUAAGGUCAGGUCCGAAUGCCAUGAAAAUUUUAGUCGCGGCUAGGUCACUCAGCGGCAGAAUGUCGGCUAAACACUAGCCUGGGCUUUUAGUUAGUAGAUAUAUCUGGAUUGCGGUAUAACCAUCUGCUACAUAAGAUCUUACUACUACUACUACUACUACUACUACUACUACUACUACUACUAUUACUACUACUACUACUACUACUACUACUACCACUACUACUACCACUACUACUACUACUACUACUACUACUACUAAUACUAUUACUAAAACUACCUGUUUGUAUGAUGGAAAUUACGCGGUUAUUCUGCUGUAGUUGAUUGACUAUGACUCAAAUUUUCAUUGAAAGUUUGGGUCUGACUCUAAAAAGUCAUGCCACGGAGACUUAACUCCAUUUUCUGCACUUAAUACUUACUGAAAUCAUUACCUUAGUUAUUCUUUGGAGUUCGAAUACCAGUACCCUCAUGGUGAACGUCGGGAAUCAACUGAGGAACCGAAUCACUCGCAGCCGUGUCACGCAGCGACGGAAUAUCGACAAAACGUGUGUCUGGGCUGUUAGUUAAUACCUAUAUCUGGAGUACAGUAUGACCAUUUGUCAUAUGUGUUUGUAUGGCAGAGAGGCGCUCACCAAUUUCGUUAUGGAACUACGUCAACUUCUUCUGUCCUGGGGCUCUCUCUCUCAAGAUCCCCAGCUGUUUCGCAACGGCGCAUAAUAGAAGCAGAAGAACCUUAGGGACAAAGACAAGGGAGACUGGAAUAGCUAUUUCUGUCUUACUGGCCCGAGCGUCCCAUGAUACAACGGGACGAAUGAGAUCCAGAACGCGAUGGGCGGGCGUCCCUCUGCCAAUAAAUAUACCCGAUCGUAAAUGAUAGAACGACAAGCCCGUGGUUCAGUUGUUCGGGCAUUGCAUUUCUAACUUACAAGUCGCGGGAUCGAGCCUUAGGUGUUGAACGUCUCGGGAUUGGGUAUGGCUGGCUGACGACGGCUAACAAGCCAAAAAUGGACAUUCCAGUCUCCCUUGUCUUCGCCGGCAAUGCUAUUCAGUAUAUGUACAUAUCAACAACGAUGCGGUCAGAUCGAUAUAGCACUGUUCGUGACUUUGAUGCUUCAUUCAGUCGAUUUUAGAUAUAACCAAUAUCUGGGACUAUAAGCAUAAACAUGCAAACACACACAUGCACACACAAAAGUCCACACCACAUAUAUGCGCCAAGAACAGGGUCCAUCGAAGUGGCUAUAAGUACAUACUUGCAUUUAUGGGAUAACUGCAAAAAUGCAAAGCUUAUUAAGCGUAAUCGGGAGAGUAGGGCGUCUCCGUAUGGCCUAAAUUGUCUUUCUAACACUCCGUUUCUAUUGUGGAAACUGAAUGAGUAAACAUAACUUGAGUGAAAUUAAAGUGCUUUGUCGGGAGUGACUUUCAGUUAGACUAAUAAGUUGUUUGUCUUGGAGCGUGGAAAAUUCAUGCGAACCGAGAUGCCUGUCAAUCGUGGUUUAGUGACUAGGCCUCUUGAAAUUUAUGUAAAACCAGGUCAUCCGACAGUCACGCUUUUGAGAAUGAAGUCGUGUGUGAGACGGAUGAGGCGGCAAUUUAGACGGACAGUUUGUCCUUAUCUACCGGCAUGUGAGCCUUCAUGCUUCCUACUUUAAAAUCGUUUGUCAGUUUCACCAAUGUAAUCUCCCUUGUCUGCUUUGGUAUUCAGUCGAGCAAGUGACAUAAUAUAUUUGAUCAGAUGAUAGUGGGCCCGUUGAAUGCAUGCACUUUUAUGUCAUGUUAUCUUGCCCAAUCUGCGUGUUACUCGAAUCCCCAGUUAGAACAUUGGUUUUUGCAAGUUCUUCGGUAAGAUAGAAGUAUAUGAUAUUACGAUCCAAAACGCCACCUAGGAUUCGUUCUCGCGCUCCACUUGUUGGCUGCUCGUAGACGUUUCUAGAAAGAAACCCUUCCCUAGAUAUAUUAGUUAUCCUAAUUUUUAGGUACUUAUUUCAGUUUUUAAGUACGACGAAGGGACGUUUUUUGAAGCUGCGUUUGUGUGAAUGGAAUAAUUGCUCUGACAGUUUUGAGUGCGGCGAUAUUGCUUGCCCUCCUGCAAACGUUUUUUAGUUCGCCACUCAAUUUUCUGCUCACUAGCAUGUUUUGGCAUUACAAAUCGUCGCCAUUUUCCUCCUCCACUAGUAAUUGCAAGUUUGAGAAUUUUGAAGUAUGUUAUAGAUUACCACUUGAUGAAAACAAGAGUAUCAUUAUCGUGAUGAAUCUGCAAGUUACCUUUAGGGUUUGAAGCCCAGCUUUCCCUGCUGGUGCAAUAACGGCUGCAGGAGAAUGAAUAAGAGGAACAGUUGCACUUGAGAGUGGACCGGAGUAAUAGCACGAAAUCGGUCCGAUGUGGAUAUGUAGACGUGCCCGAAAUAAACAAAUUCAGCCGUUUGUAAUACUGGACCGGUGGUAAUAGGGGUUUUUACAGGUGGGGUCGGGAACGCACAGGCGACAAGGUCAAUUAAUUUUAUGAGAAUGAAAAGCUAUUGGGAAUGCGCCGUUGUACUUUGAGUGGUUGAUACAUAGUUGUCCUAACCACUAACGCUAAUCGGUAACCCUAAUCCGUAACCCUACCCCUAACAGUAUUGUGUCCAUCAGGUGCGCCUGCAUAACCAGAUAUUACCUUAUUAUCCUCUAUGCAUGCAUAUGGUCUGCCAGAAAUAUGCAUAAAGGGAUCCGUUAAUCGACGGAACUGUCAAAGUUAGUAAUACUUCAGCAGAUUAACAAGCAAAAACAGUUCGUCUUAACUGUGUAGGUCCCUCACACUUAAAACGGCCGAUCAGAUACCACAAAUAUUUCUUUUGGAAGACAUACUAGUAUAGAAUAAUGUUUAAAUAAAAGAAUAUUUUGCUCACAUAUUUAAGUCAAAAUAAUCUUCCAUUAAUUAUUCGCUAUUGAAUGCUUCUUCUCGUGCAAGGCGACAAUGGAAAAAUACCAACAAAAACGGUUUUACUGACGUUUACCGAGAUAUGAUUAUUUUAUAAAUCGAUAGUCUAAAAUAUAAAAUAUACUUCUGUUUGAUGAUAUAAAGCUCAUUCAGCAGUCCCGGCACUUCGGUUAUCAAUUUCCUAUUUUAGCUAUUUAAUCAGUAAUUCGAGGCCUAUAACCUACUGAUUAUCAGCGAACAUCUUUUAAAAUAAUCGUAGACAGCGCAUUGUUGGAAUUCAUUAUUUUGAAAUAACAUUACCUACUAAGAGUAGGGAUUCAUUCUAAAACUCAUCAUUUCGCAGAUUGAAGACAGCGUCAACUGUUCUAAAGACUACUUGGAAAUACGCGAUGGACCUUCGGAAAAUUCGAAAUUGCUGCGAAGACUGUGCGGGUCUAAAUUGCCAGAGCCAAUAGUUUCAACUGGACAAACUAUGUACAUUCGAUUUGUUAGUAACGGUCAACACGAAGGUCGAGGAUUUUACGCAAAUUUCCAGACAGGUAGGUGUUCGCAGCCUAUGUCUUUGCGCAAAAAUAGCAUUUAUUUCCCGUUCAACGGUUGUAUAUUUCAAGCAAUGAAAACCAAAGCUUUUAGGAUUUUUGCAGAUUCGAUGUUAUCAUCGAAUUAAAGAAGUCGGGUCGCCAUCCCCCUGACGGGGCAAGCUCUUUGAAGAGCGAAGCAUCCCUUAGUGGCUACUUCUUUUAUGAAACAACUUACUGGAAAUACCUUCCAAAAUGAAAUAAUUAAUUACAAAAAUAAGUAUUUGCAACUAAAAAUCUAAAAAACUGACCGUUUUACAUUACGUUUUUGCUUUGUAGCAAAUACAUCCGUUCAUUUAAGACGAUACUUCAAGAAUAUUCAGUGGGAUAAGAGUAAAAGAAGUUCAGUCACGUUAGGCCAUUCCGAAUAUCUGAAAUUUGAGUUGCGUCCAGUUCAAUGAGAGUUCACUAAUAGCCUCUCAUUCGGCAGGGCAUAAGGUCGAACUCGUAAUAUUUAAAUCAAGUCUUCAGACGUAUUUCACUCCUGAAGGAUCAGCUUAUUCAAAAUCUCAUUGUCCAGAGGCGCACUGCUCAUUUUAACAACAUAAUCUUGUCAGGUGAAUCCUGUGUGACGACGUUGUCUGCGAAAGCCCUCUUUUCUUGAUUCCGUCUACCUAACUGGUGGCCAACGUUUGGUUUCCGUAAUGUCUGCUUCAGAUAUCAACGAAUGCGCCCUUACAAAACACAACUGUCAGCACUCCUGCGUCAACACGCUUGGAAAUUACAAAUGUGAAUGUUAUGAUGGCUACGAACUUCAGCCGGACGGCCGGAGGUGCACACGUGAGUUGGCUACAUUUGCUAAAUGCUCCUUUUUGCGGUUAAGACCAUAG